AUUGGCGACAAAUUCCGUAAACAAAAAUUUUACAUAGAUAAAUUUUAGAAAACUAUGUAAAUUUCCAUUAUAAAAAGAACUUUAAAUGUAAAUUUUAAACUAAAAUUUUUGGCUUUUUUUUUCUUUUACUGAUGCAUCAUUGAUUCAUCAACUUGAAGAGUUUUAAAAAGAAACGUGGGCUUUAACACCGUAUAUCCUUAUUAUCGCUCAGUCUUGAAUUUUUGGAAAUAUGUACUCGAAUCUUUCCAUUCCGCCAAGGUCUACUGGAAGAAAGAAGCUUGCAGACAGCGACGAAUUACGAUUAAACAUGAGAAGAUCUAGAGAUGACGAUGAACUUAGUAGCGAUGAUGAGCUGUUGCAAGGAUUCAAUUCAACAACCAAAGGAAAAAGUCGAUCACCUUACGAUGAUAGAAGAGGAUCGCCGCUCAGCGUUCAAAAUAAGCGCAAUUCGUCUAAAAACGCACGCAGUAGUUAUUUAGACAAAGGUGAUGAAGAUGAUAGUCUUGGAGGAGGCGUUUUAAAUAUGACUAUGAAACAGCCAUUAAAUAGAAAUUUCCUAAAAAGUAGUGGUCGUAAAUCACCUACUGGAGAUUUCUCCAAAACGAAAGAUUUAGGUAGAUGGCAACCACCAAGUUUUUCUGAUAGAAAUAAAGAAAAAGACAGGGAAAGGGCAUCACCGAAAUUUGAUGAUAAUUUUGAUAGAGAUAAACGUCGAAGAACACCAACAGCUUUAGACUCUUUAGCUGAAUCUCCAGUACCAACUCCCAGAAAUAGAUAUAGUCCGAAACCACUAGAAAGAGAAGAUAACAAGAACAGAAAAUCUCCGUUCGAUGAUAGGACUAGGUGGAGUCCGAAAAAUGAGUUUGAAUCUGAUAGAAAGACCUUAUUAAGAAAGAGCCCCUUAGACGACAGAAUUGAUGAUAGACGAAGCAAUGGAAGAAGAAGUAUAACACCAAAAGAUGAAGUGGACUCACGAAAACCCUUACCUGCAAAUCGCUUUGACAGAGGAAGAAAAAGUCCUUUUGGUGCUGAAAAUGAUAAAGAUUUCGAUAAUAGAAAUAGGCGAACACCAAAAGAUGAAUUUGAGAGAGAUAGACCCAAACCUUCAUAUCGAAGCGACAGAGACAGAAAAAGUCCAUAUGACAAGAAGUCACUAGCUCAGGAUAGUGAAGAUGAUGAUCUAGACUGGGAAAAUUAUAGAAAGAAGCGACCCGAUGAUAAGAGAUCCUAUGAUAGGGAUGAUCGUAGAACGCCCAAAGAUCAUUUUGAAAAGCCUAAGGUACCAAGUCGCAUGGAUAAAAAUAGAAAAAGCCCUCAUGGAUUAGACAGGGAUAAUGAUUAUUAUGAUAAGAAGAAUCAAUGGAACGGUCGUGAUGACGAUGAUAACUAUUAUGAUCAUGGAGGCAGAAACAAACGUGAUUUAGACUCAAACGGUAGAGGUAGAAAAACUCAUGAAGAUUACAGACGAAAACAUUCCUUCGGAUACGAUAGCGAUGAAGACAAAGACUUUAAGGGUGAUAGACGAUCGGGUGAUGGGACUAGAGACUAUAGAGAUCGUAAGACACCAGACUUUUCAAGGAGGAAAUCACCAGUCGACGAAAGAGAUCGUAAGACACCAGACUUUUCACGGAGGAAAUCACCAGUCGACGAAAGAGAUCGAAAUAAAUCAGACUUCUCAAGACGAUCCCCUUAUGAUAAGAACGACCGUAAGACACCAGAUUUUUCAAGGAGAAAGUCACCAGUAGAUAGAAACGACCGUUACCAAGAUGAGAGAAGACGAUCAAUUACACCAAAAAAUACGGAAACGUCAAAAUAUGGCAGGAGAACACCCAAAAACGAUAGAGAUGAUGACAAAGACGAAACUAGAUUCCCAAAUGAGAGACGGAAGUCUUCAGUAUUUGAUUUUAUGGACGACGAUAAAAAAUCACCAAAACCAACAAGAAGAAAGAGUAUCGAAACUACUGAAAAAAAAUUUCAACCAAGAGUACCAAAAAGGAAUAAGGAAAAGGACAAUUUUGGCGAUACCGACAAGGAAACUAGGGAUAAGCCAAGACCAGCUCAAAGGAAUCCGCAAGCAGACGACAGUUCUAUUUGUCAAGACUUAGAGCAUAGCCCUGUUCCUAUUCGAAGAAAAUCUCUUGAACAGCCUGCUCCUACUCGUACAGCUCAUACUGCAAAAUCUAAAAUGAAUAGUACCGCCAUAGAUUCCGUAGCAGAUGCCCAAUUUCAAUUCCAACCUAUAGAUGCCGAUGGCGACAAGACGCAAGAGAAUGUUGAAGAUGACGAAAAUGAGAAAAAGAAGAAGGUACGAAAGCAUAAGCCAAUCCCUCGUUAUGGAAAAAUUUCAGGGUCAAAAACUCUUCCAUUAAACACUAAUACUGUUGACCUCAGCAGUACUUCAUCAAUUAGAGAUGCUGUUUUUAAUGAAUGGAAGAAAACAAGAGGCAAGGAAUAUCCAUUAAAAUUGGCUCAAGAAAAAAAAGAAAGAGAGGAGAAAGAGUUAAAAGAAAUGGAAGAAUUAAAGUCUAAAAGAGAAAUGGGUGAAAAGGCGUAUCAGCAAUGGCUGUUAAACAAAAAGCGUUCAGCUCCAGUCGUUAAAAAGAGAAAAGAAAAGUCAGAUGAAGAAAAAAGGCGAGAUGAAAUGGAAGCAAAAGAAAUGAAGCGAAAACAGAUGGAAAAAGUUUUCGAGGAAUGGAAAAAAGAAAAAUUGUAUCGUGAAAGAGAAGCUAAAAGAGUAGAAGAGGAUAAGAGAAGAGAUGAAGAGAGAAAACAAAGAAAAAAAUCGGAAGAGAAGGAAGAGAAGAAAGAAAAAUUUGAUGUGGACCGAUGGAAAGAGAAAAAGAAAAGAGAAAUAGAAAGAAAGAAGUACGAAGAGGAACGAAAACAAAGAGAGAAGGAGGAGGAAGAAUAUCGAUUGAAUAAGGAAAAAAUUGAAAAAUCCAAUGAGGAGUAUGAAGCAUGGAGAAAACGCAAGGAAACUGAGACUAGACGUAAAAGUGCUUCAAGAAUACAAUUUUCUGAAGACAGAGCACCUUUUAGACCGGCAUCUUCAACUAUACCAUUUGGAAGGUAAUAGAAUUGAAUAUCAAAGAAGUUAAAAUACGUUAUAUCUAACUCUUUUCCAUAAUUAAGAAUGUCGUCGUUUAAAAAUAAUCAUUAAGAGAUUAUUUAAUUGUUUCUAUAUAUAAAAUCUCUAUCUUUUUCAAUUAGCAAUUCUAAAACAAUACUUUACUUAUUUUUUAUAAUAACUAGAUCUAUUUUUUAAUGUACUUUUAAAAAAUAACAAUAAUUAACCAACUUAAUUCUCGAUACCGUCCUUAUUCAAGCAAAUAUACGUUUUGAAUACUACUAUUUAUUUUAUUUCUAUUGUUAAUGUCUUCUAUUGGUGUCUACAC